ACGCCUGGCAUACUUUCUUUCACUACCGGUUUCGCAUGAAGAGAACAGUACUAUGACAGACAGGAAGAUAUCUCCCAAAUGCCAAAUGCCCCGUAAAAAAACAGAGCAGAAGGACGCUAAAAGCACCGACUCUCAACGUACUCCAACUCAAGCAAAGUCUUCGACACGGACACCUGGGCCAAAGUGUGACAGAGGAGCACGCAGAAAGAGCACUGUAAGAAGUGUGAUGGUAGGCCUACCAAAUCCACCUGCAGUCAGUGGAAAAGGGGCACAGCGCAAGAGUCCGGAGCCAAAGCGACCCCCUGGCGCUGCUGAGAGUCCACGCGGCAAGUCACCUCCUCCACUUAUUAGAAGAGGCUGCAGUAGAGAUGAUGAUCUAAGCAGAGGUCUUCAGAAGACGUUGGACCAACUGAAGAUCAGCAGAGAUGCAAGGAGCAAAGCCGCGAAAAUAAAAAAUGAAGUCGUUGCGAAGAUCCAAACUCAUCUGGAGAAGUCGAAAAAUUUUAAGGAAAUUCAGCCUUUACCAACUGGUAGCUACUUCGAAAAUCUCAAGAUUAGUAAUCCCGACGAAUUCGAUGUGAUGUUCACAACCUGUGUAAAAAGAGUAGAUGUACAGCCUUUUGGCUCAGAUGGAGCCUAUUACAGCGUGAAGUUUAAACGUCAUCCACAGAAACAUGUCCUGGACGACUUCCUCUCCAAAGAUUAUGUUCUGUGCGCCAGCCUCAUGAUGACCGAGUUUCGACGUGAAGUAAAAACAGCUAUUAAGAGUAUACAAAUUGAAGGCAACUUAAAGAUGGAGCCCAAGAAGCCUAAAUCUCCAGCUGUGACACUGACACUGAAUGUGGACAAAAAAGAGAUUUCAAUUGAUAUCGUCCUCGGUAUCGAGGUCGGAGGCAGAUGGCCGCUGUGUGCGGAAGAUGGCAUGAAAAUCGAAAAAUGGCUGAGCAAGAAGGUGAAACAAGAUCUUAAGUUCAAGCCUUACUAUCUGGUUCCCAAACACGAAGGGUCUGCAAAUAAAGAAGAAGAUGGAGUUCUUGCAAAAGAUGUCUGGAGGAUAUCCUUUUCUCACGUGGAGAAGUUCAUCAUGAAGAACCACGGCAAAGAGAAGACCUGCUGCGAGGAAAAGGGGCCAAAAUGCUGCAGAAAGCCAUGUCUGAAACUCCUGAAGCACCUUCUGGGAGAACUGAAGGCCAAACAUGAGACUGAGCUGUCAAAGUUCUGCUCCUACCACGCCAAGACCACCCUUCUACACGCCUGCACAGUACGAACUCAGGACAGUGACUGGAAGCUCUCCGAUCUUCAUGACUGCUUCCAGCUUCUACUGCAGGAUUUUGUGGCGCACUUGAAGCAAAGAGAGCUCCCAAACUUCUUUAUCCCCAAGCAUAACCUCCUUGGCUCAGUCAGUGCUGAAAGCUGCAGGAAACUUGCCGACUACAUCGAAAAGGAGCGCAACAAUGGGUUCCCAAUUUUCAAAAUGAUGUAAAGGACUAGCCAAUACAAUUUUUGGAUUUGUACUGUGAUGUUUACAUAUAUUUAUUGUUUAUACUUACUUAACUAACCAAAAUUAUUCAAUAAAAUUCACAAUUGAUAAGACAAUUUUUUCUUCAA